ACUGUUUGUGUUUUCUUGUGCAACCCUCCUGCAAUAAUAUGCAACACGCGGCAACGCUGGCGGCAAUUGCGUUUCCCCCGCGUCUGUACAGAUUAGGACUGUGUUUACGCACCGACGUCGCCCCCCACCCCUCCUCUCUUUAUUUUUCCCCCUGUUGACUUUGUAACGGGGCGGGGAGGAGAGAAGGGGGAAAAAAAUAGUAGCAUUGAGUGAGGUCAGCAGCAGCAUAGCAUGAGUCAACCCCGGGGAUGUUUGCAGGAGUCAUCACCAUCUCCACCAUCUUCAACAUCUUCGUUGUGGUCGCGUCGCGCGGGCCUGCAGAGCUGCGUGUUCCUGCGGGCUCAGCCUCUUCCACCUCCACUGCUGCGUUGGUGACGAGCGCGGGUGUUGCCCAUGAAUGAGAAGUACUCGCAGACUACUUCAGAUCCAGUCACCCCGGGCAGACGACCCCUGAAAGGGUCACCAAGACCUUCUGAGGGGACAAGAACAUUAUCUUGACUGACUGUCAUGCUGCUUCUACAGCUUGAUGUGACUUUGGGCAAAAAUUUGGAGUAAUAGACACCAGGUGGAGCUUCAGUAGUAAUUGGAGACUUGGUGGAAAAUAUAUUUAAUCUGCACAGGAUUAUUCAUGCUCGUCAUGAGCAUACCAGCCCAGCAGAAACCCAGCGUCAAACGUACAGGCAAGAGAAUCACCUUUUUUAAUGAACAAAGUGUAGCCAUGAAAGAGACUUCUCAGCAUCCUGAAGGGACCUACUUUGUCACAGGCGCCACUGCCUCAGACUCUGGACAGAGUGAGGCAGCAAGUACCGUGACCUCGAAUCCAGAAGUUCCUCACAUGUACCUGAACUCUGUCAUUUUUAGCCCAGAUAAGGGUGACCAGAGUAGGGGCCAUUAUCAACAGACCGUACCUAUGAAGUGGAGCCACCCAGAGCCAAAUCAGCAGCAGCCAUCACUCUCCCAGCAGCAGAGAGCUGCCUCCUGGGCACCGGUGACUAACUGGACACAGAACUUUACAAAUUACAUCGGUGGAGUCAAUGUGACAGACUCCAGAACUCAGAAUGCAUUUCCAAAGCAGAUGCAUGAGACUCCUGGUUUACAAACACAUCAACAACUCCCAAACAGAGCUGCAGAGAAGCAGCCUCUGGGAGCAGUACCUGCAGCUGAAGCCUACAGGGAUGCAGUCAAGACUCGGGGCAUUGAGUGGGAUCAGCAGCAGCAGCAGCAGCAACAGCAGUCCCAGGCCUUUCAGGAAUCGUUAAAACCUGGAGCACUGAAUGCUCAGCAGCACAGUACAUCUCAACCUGGAGGGAGCUCCGUUUUACAGCCCUUCCAGUUGGCCUUUGGUCAGCCCAAGCAGCACCUGCCAGCCUACUACCAAACCUUUCAAGGGAACAGGACAACCUUACCUAACCCACCAAACUACCCCGCACAGGCAAAACCCGCAAACCAGUUAGAGCAUCUGCAAAAGGAAGAGCAAAUACAACGGCAGCAACAUCACAUAAUUCAGCAAAAAAUUCAACAGCAGCAACAAAUCAUUCAGCAUCAACAGCAAGUACAGCAACACCUACAACAGCAGCAACAGCAUCAACAACAAGAACAAAUGCAUGAGCAACAACAACAACAGCAGCAGCAGCAACAACAACAACAGCUCCAUAUUCAGCAGCAAAUGCAACAUCAGCAGUUGCAACAACAAACCCCUCAUGUGCAUGACUAUUACCCCACUCCACAAAAUACACAUGCUCACCCACAGCCUGUAGUGGUUCACUCGCAGGAGUCCUCUGCCCCUGCUCCCCUGAAAGUCCAGGAACCGAUCAUCCAGGACAUUACUCCAGAACCCCAGCAGUCUUCAGAUCCCCUCCAGCCGGAACCGCUGUCCCAGUCACAACUCCAGACACAGCUGCGCAGAUCGCGGAGGCUCUCCAGGGAAGGAGGGGCACCUUCUGAAAACCCCUUUCUCCCAGUCGCUACAGAACAAUCAGCCUUAGUGCUGCAGGUUUCUCAAAACGGGACACGGGACAUUCAAGCGGCCCCUACAGGUGUCAUCCAGAGCACAAGAAGGAAACGCAGGGUGUCCCAGGAGGUCAACCUGGAGACCCUUGCUCAGAAGGCCUCAGAAAUGGAGUCGCUGCCAUCACACACUGUCAAGGAGUCCCACAGACCAUGGAGCCCUGCUGACUCAGAGGGCAUGAAUGCCAAGAGGCAUCGAGACGAGAACCUUCUGCCACUCGUCAUUCCUGUCUCUGUUCCGGUGCGAAGGCAGGAACCUUCGUCCCCGGACAGAGAUGAAGCAACACUGGCCUCAAGCUGGACCCCCAGGGCUCCAAACCCUCAGGACUUGGGCCGCACGGACCACAAACCCUCAGUCAUUGUCAGCCGAAGACGCUCCCUUAGGAACUCCUUGUCAGAUAACGCAGAGCAGAAUGGUGGUGCAGAUGGGGACAAAGACGAAGAUGGUAAAAAGUCCAAGCGACGGCCACGGCCUGAGCCUCUCUUCAUCCCACCACCUAAACCGGGUUUAUUCAUCGCUCCACCUGUUUACUCCAGCAUCACACCCUACCAGAGCCACCUACGUUCACCUGUACGCCUCGCAGAGAACCCUCUCAGCAUGCCGCCCUAUACGCCUCCCCCUAUCCUCAGCCCUGUCAGGGAAGGCUCGGGCCUGUACUUCUCUACGUUCUUAUCCUCGGCUGCUGCUGCAGCCAGUGGCCAAAGCCUGCAGCCUCCGGCAACGCCAAAAUCUGCCACACGUAGUCUGUUGCGGUCCAACAGCUGUGACAUCACACCACCCAUCCUGUCUGCGAUCGGUGAGGCUACUCCAGUCAGCCUAGAGCCGCGGAUAAAUAUUGGAUCAAGGUACCAGGCGGAGGUGCCAGAGCUGAGGCAGCGGUCUUCUGUCGAACAGGAUUACCAUAAGGCCGAUCUGGUCUGGGCUCCGCUGAAUGAGCUGGAAGAAAAACCCGACUUCCACCAGAAAGUACAAGACCUCAUGCACAUGGCCUGCUCCAGUGUUCUUUAUGGUGGCGGUACCAACCAGGAGCUAGCCCACCACUGUUUGUACGAAUGCAAAGGCGACAUCAUGGCUGCUCUGUCGCUCCUGAUGCUGAGGAAUCCCAUUUUUCCCAAGUCUCACCAUCUGUCAAGCUACCACUACUCAGGAUCAGACAGCUGGGCAGCAGCUGAGAGACGCCAGUUCAACAAAGGCAUCACUACGUACAAGAAAGACUUCUUCAUGGUGCAGAAACAGGUGACCACAAAAACAGUGUCUCAGUGUGUGGAGUUUUACUACACAUACAAGAAACACGUCAAGAUCGGCCGGAACGGGACGCUGAUUUAUGGGGAGGCAGAGCCUUUGGAGAGCAGGACCACGGAGCAGGAGCUGGACCAUAAGGCCUCUUAUCGACUGGAACCACCACAGGAGGAGGAGGACAGCAGGAAGUGGGAAGGGUCAGCUGACAGGAAACAGGAUGUCUGCGCCACCAGAGUGACACAAUCGCUGCAGUCUGCUGAGAAACCUGGUACUGUCCUUAUCAUGAAAACCAAGGAGAAUCUCGGGAGAGAAAAGACGCUAACCCAGGUCAUCCACCAACCUCAUCCACCUCUACCAACCUCCAGAACGCGAUUAGAGAACAACGUUCAACGGUCAAAUCCACCAACAGGCGGAAAAACUGCAGUUGCUCAAGAGGGAGAAUUUCCUUGCAAGAAAUGUGGCAGGGUUUUCUACAAGGUGAAGAGCCGAAGUGCUCACAUGAAGAGCCAUGCAGAGCAGGAGAAGAAGGCCGCAGCUCUGAGGCUUAAGGAGGCAGAGGAGCAGGCAGCGGCAAAAGCUGCAGCCGAAGCUGCCGCCUUCAUGUCCGCGGCUCGACAGCAGAAUGGGAUGCGACAGAUGGGUGGAGACAGCACUAACGAGGACUCUUCAGAAAAAGAGGAUGAGGACGAUGAGGACUGGCAGUAGCGGGAAGGCUGCACAAUCUCGACUGUCACGUGGCUUCUUCUGUGGGGUCGGAGGAAAACAAAUCCGUCCCGGGGAAUUGAGGAGAAGAUGACUUCCGUUGCUUGGCACAUUCAGGGACAGAUUGAGUCCUGCGUCUGUGUUUGAGUGUGAAUGUUUGCAAUGAGUAUGUGUGUGAGUGUGCGUGUGUGCGUGCGCACCUGAGUGAUUUCUUACAAACACCCCUUUACUCUGCUUCUAAAGCUCUUCAGGAGUUACCUCUGUUGGUCACAGGGCUCGGUCAAAUCAAAGCCAUGCCGCUUCACUUGGCGCCCUUCUCGCUCUGUCCACGCCAGGCCACUGCCUUCCUCAGCACUUUUGAGUCUCAUUUGUUGGACCUGGAACUUGUUAGCGUUUCCUCUCUUCACCUUCCCCUGGCGUACGUCAAAGAGUUUGAGGAGACGGACUCUGAAAUCUGACAGCUGGGGUUGAUGGGAGGAGGGUUCUGCUGUCAGUUUUUCUGCACUAACACCACAGACAGAUGGAUGGACGGAAGGAGAGCAUGUACAAAGUGUUGCCUCUGUUUUCGUCGCUCUUGUGCACUGCCGGCUGCCAAAAGCUUUUGUCAGAGGCAUGUUGUGCACCAAAUGUUUUUUCUUCUUCUUCUUUUUGAGCUGUUCAUUUUAAGCUUCAGUUCUGUGAAUCUUCCCUCUUCAACCCUUGUCACUUUUCCCACUUCACAGUUUGUUCCUCACGUUUGAUGCCUUGGGUGUUUCUUUUUUAAAUUAUUAUUAUUAAUACCCUGAAAUGACAAUCAAUUUUACACUGUUGUUGUUGUUGCUGUUUUUAUAUAUGAACAUAUAUACAGGUAUAUGUUACUUUUCUCCUGCCUGUGUAAUGAUAUUUGUAUGGUUACUGUUGUUUUUGUGAACAUUCUUGUUAUUGAUCAAUAUUAAUAUUAUUAUUAUUAUCAAUAAUUAUAUUCAUUUUUGGCUGCAGUCUAAUUAAGAGAUUUUUUUCCUUACAUGUCAAGAACUUUUUCUUAAUUUAAACAAAAAUGCUACUUGCUGCCUGUUUAUAACUGUGAGUUGUUUUUUUUUUUUUGUUUGUUUGUUAGUUUUUUUCUGGAAGGCAGACGUGAAGAAAAGGCAAAAACACGUGCAAUAGAACUAGUUCACAGCACUCUGUUACCAGCACAGACCGUAUAUAUGAAGUGGACCUAGCCAUCUGGUUUUAAACUAUGGAGAAGGGAAGCCAUAAAAGACCGAAAAGAUAAAAAUGUCAGGAGUUUAUGGUCUCAUGGCUAUGUUACAGUCAUGUUCAAUAAAACAGAAAAAAAUGUCAGCUUUGUUCAUUUUGAUCCCAAUAAUUGCAAAAUGUUAAAUCCAAACACCAGGUGGUCAGUAUGAAUUGACACAGGGCGUAGUCUGUGUUUCCCAUUCACGUGCAUAAGACACUACUUCCAAAAAACAUUGACCCACUUAAGUCUUUUUCCCCCCAGCCCUUACUUUUGUAACCGUGUAGCUGGUCCCUCCUUUUCUUAUGUACGGUCUGUGAGAGAGUCCAGAACCCCCUGCCCCUCCCCACCCCCGGCUGCUCUGGAUGCCUCCCCGUCAUCAGUGUAUCUGAUAGCAGGCGCCCACUCCACACGUCUCUGCAGAUACACAUAACAAAGUGGGAAAAACAACAAACAGCACUAAGUCAUAAAUCUAAAUCCAUUAAGGGAAUAAACGUUGCAUUCGUUUCCUGGCAGUUUUCAUCAAAACUCCAUCUAAUUGUUCAAAUAUAAGUCUAAGAGUUUACACGAAAGGGGUUUAAACCCAUUUCUGAGAACCCCUCAACUGUUUGAAGUAGCCACAACAGGAGUGGUCCAACCACCACAGAGCCCUAUAUUCCUUCUUCAAAACUGCAGACAAGGUACAGUUAAUCAGCAGAACUAGGAACAAUCACACGUUGGUGGACUGAAAUACCACAAUGGACACACAGGAAUCAAUCAGAAGAACAAUUAUCAUUUAAAAUAAAAAAAAUAAAAAAGUUCAGUUGUGAAAGUACAGUAAAAGGAAACGGUGAAACAUUUGUGGGCAAGCGAACAUCCAGGUUUUACAGAACACAACAGAACCUCCUGUAUCACAAGUUUUGAUUUCAGCGCCCCCUACUCCAAAAAAAAAAAGCCAAACAUUAAUUCUACACAUGAAACUAAUUUCUGUUAUGUUUAGACACAAAUGUUUUUGGUUUCACCAAAAGUUUCUUUCCAGACACAUUUAUCCAACAUGUACAGUUUACCACGAGUCAGCCACGGAUACAGUUUACACUUCAAAGACUGUUAAUAUUUGUAUAAAACAAUGAAUAAAAGGCACUUUACUGUAAACUAUACCUAGACUUAGCCUUUUUGACAAAUGUUUUUUUUUUCUUCUCAAAACCUGCGUUCUCCAACACAUCCGCUCUACACUUAAUGUUUUAUUGAAGGUAUUAUUAGAUUUCCCAUGUUUUAUUCAGAGUACUGUUGCUCAAACUUUCUAUACAGGGGUCCACUGUUAUGGGUACAGAGGUCAUGUGACUCAUCACAAUCUAAACUGUGACAAUACAAAGUUUUACUAUUUUAAAUGCUAUUUGUCAUGUUGAUGUUGAAGGGCAAUGUUGGGUUUUAAAAAUAUUUGAUUUGUAAAAAAUACUAUACACAGCAGGGUUUGUAGCAUCAGUGGAUAAAAUACAGCCCCAAAGCAAUACCUAUCCUGUCCCAUGCUUAGGUUUGCCAUCAAUAGCAAUAGGUAAUUGUCCCCGCUGCCGCCCAGGCUUAUAACUCAUUACCAAGUUGUUGGAUGCCACAUGAUUUGACAUAAUUUGGUGAUUAAUUAAUUUGGUAAAUAUAGCCAUAUGGACAGUGGUAUAGUCUUCUCAGUGGUGAGUGGGUCCCUAUACAAAAUGUACACAUCAGAGAAACAUUUUUAUACUUUGAUAAAAAAUAAACAGUUACGUUUAAAGCAAGACACUCAGUAUGAAGAUCAGUGGUCUUGAUGUAUUUCUGGUUGCCUGUUCUCUGGGUGUCUUUGUUUUCCAAUUGCAGCCAUUGAAAUGGAAAGUGGAAAAACAAUGUUCUCUUUUUUAUUAUGUUUUGCCCUUUGGGUCAGAGCCGUAAAUUAAAUGGUUACUUUCCUUUUAAAAGACAAACCACAGUGGAGAGUUCGGCGGAAAAUGUUUCAAUUGCCAGUAUCUCCACAAGUAAAACUGGGUCUAUGCACAGACUGUGUGUGUGUGAGUGUGUGCGCGCGCGUGUGUGUGUAAAUGAUUUGAGGUCAAAAGCUUCAUUUUAUGCCAGUCAAUGGGAAAAAUAAUUGCAGACUGUUCACUUGUUUGGUAUGUUAAUUUAUAUUUCCCCUUUUAUUUGGGCUCAUCCCGCAGGAGAAAGUUGUCAUGAACUGUUAUAAAACCAGGCCAUGGCACAAACACAGCUGUAAACUUUUGUCGGUUAAGGGAAUUUUGUGUAAAAAAAAGGAUUUAUUUAGCUAAAAUUUAGUAAAUAUAUAUAUAUGAACGAAUGAAACUCUAUGUUGCAUACUUUCUAUGCUAUUUUCAUAUUGGGGUUCACUCUAAUGGUGAGACAUGGAAGGGAAUCUCAAGUGCUUCUUUUCUAGUGUAACUUAUUUGUUUUUCCAUUUGAUUUGUACCACCUGUGUUUUUAGUAAUGAUCCAUGCAACACUGUAUAUUAAAGUUUUAAAUGAUUCAGACCGA